AUGCCAGACUACUCUUCCUACUUCCGAAUCAAGAACUAUACCGACGCGCCAUUGGAGCUUUUGUGGAAAAAUAAACCUGUUAAGGGUCAUUGGUUAGAUGACACGAUUCCUGGUGUUAUCUACCCUAAUACCGAAGUCACAAUCACGUUAAAGGACGACUUUGGGUUCGACGGUUCCGAGGGCACCAUCGCCUACGCAGUGAAAUGGCCUCAUCAUCCUCCAUGCAAUAUCGUGUUUGGCAUGAGAUUACCCUAUAAUGCCACUGAAGGCUAUCCGUCUAUAAGCUGGGUGGAUAUUCAAUGUGAUGCGCAGGAAGUAUUGGAUAUUGAGCAGGGGCAUCCUCCACGGACUAAUGCUUACCCCAUCACCGCAUUUUACACGAUCCGCUAUAGGGAAAACAUACCCCUCAAAGUCAAUCUCAAAAAAAUCACUCUUCCUGGUCCUCUUUUCCCCGUCCUGAUGGAGGAUGGCCUUUGUCCCAAUUUUGCCAUCGACCAUCCCCUGUGGUCUGCAGCGGAAGCGGGAAAGGCAAUCGCCGCCACAACGUGCAUGAACUCGACGCCAAAGAUCAAACUGGUCGGAAAUGUCGACCUCAAAAUUCGACAAUUCAAAUUAAAAAUGAUUGGAGAAUGCACCGACAACGGCCAUAGCAGCCCUGCCACGUCUAUUGAAUUCGAUCUCCCGGUGGACCAGAACACUGGCAACUACAAAGUUCUGGUUCCUCUCGCUCUCAACAACACUCACCCGGGUAUUCCUUGGGGCUUCCGGGGAACCAUCAGCUGGAAGGUACUUGUCAAGAAUACUGGAAAGUUUAUCCCAGUCACAACUUCCCCAAUUGAAAUCUAUGCCGUCUCCCGUGCACUGCAUAGAUUCCUCGCGGUCGAAGGGAUCCCGCUCGAUCUCCUUCGCUUUAUUGUCUUGCCAACCCGGAACUGGCCGAAAGCGGGCGCCGGAGGAGUCACAAACUAUGUGGAGUAUGUCGUGAAGCGCAUCCACGGGGAAUCUGGCUUCAAAUAUGAGACUACACUUGGGGGCACCUCAUAUGCAUCGUUGAUGGCCAGCGGCGAUCUCACCCGCCCGGGGUCUUUCCAGCUAGCCAAGUGGCUCAAAAACCAGAAAAUAACAUCAGAGAAGGAUUGCCAUGUGAACUGCUACGACCUAGCGGCUAUAGUGGGGAUCUGUCUGGGCUUCUUCUUUCCUGAUAAUUAUGAAGAUAGAUCACAAGGACUACGGUGGUUCGAGAUGUUCCCGUUUGGAUUUGUGGAAGGCGAUCUUGUUGGUUGGGGACAGGUCAACAGCCCAUUUUUUCAAGGAAACAAAGCCCUCAUGAAAGUGGAUCGGAAAGACCCCAAACGCACGAGCUUCAAGAGGCAUAUAUUCAUCACAUAUAAUGGGAAGGUUCUUGAUGCCACGUGUGGGCCCAGAACAGGCACCUUAACACUCAACGAAUACAUUGCAAAGGCCAUUGACCACACCGAAGGCUUAGGUAAAGAUCUUGACUGGUAUAAGAAUGGCCCUGGAACCUUCAGCAGCAUUUUUAUCCAUUCGAGCAUGGCGGACCAAGGCGGAAGCAAUGAUUUCAAUCAAAUCUCGAGGGAGAACGAUGGAGAUGCAAAUUUUGAGGAGACCGAUCCGGCCAUCGAGGAGGUGAUUGAGGCGGUUACCGGUGAUAAGAACCGGCCAAAGGACACUAAAGGCGACGAUUUGAUCGUAUAUUUUAACGUCAAUAAACUUAUGGAAGAAAUGCAGAGUACUUUCAAGGGUUCUUUCAAGAUUGAUGGUCAACUCUACCAUCAGCAAAUCAACGAGUUCAAGGAUGGGGGCCAUCAUGUCUGCUGGAAGUUGGACUUCAAAGAUACAAAGAAUAAAACGCAUCCCGUUAACCUCGAUAUCUUUAUGUCCACGCGCACGUUUACUUCCCGACUGGCAUUGAGGAGGUUUAUGAGGUUGAGUAACAACCCCUGUAAUGGGGAAGUGAAGGAAACAAAAAGUCGUGUCAAGUAUCAACUUGAAGAGGGUGCUCUCCUUCGUGCUUACUGGGUCUACGGAACCCUGUGCGUUAAUCUCUCCGCACCCAAAGGUCUUGGUCACGACGCCUUCGUGAAUGUGGUGGAGGGUCUUCAAAAGUUUUUGGAGAAGAAUGAUUCUUCUGAGAAAACAAAGGUAUCGGUGGGGGAACCAGUAUUUAACAAAGAACAACAGAAGGACCUCAAGGUUGGAAAAACAAUGAAAGUUGGAGUAAAUGUGGAGAGGGCGGUCGAAUUCAAAUGGUCCUAUGGUUACGGGAACGUCGUUGUGGUGGGUGUCGAGAAGCCAAGCGGUGUGUCAAAUAUCUACACGUUUGAACUGUGCGCCCGAACGCCUGGCUUCGACAGGGUCGCUUUCACGUUUGUGGACGAGUUCUACAGAGAACAAAGCGCGAUCUUCUAUGUCAACGUUGAGCCGUGA